AUGAAGUAUCUGGGCCUCAUCCUGGACGGUCGAUGGAGCUUCGGGCAGCAUUUUGUCCAUCUCGGCCCGAGGCUCAUCAACGCCGCCGCCGCUCUCGGCCGCCUCCUUCCGAAUGUGGGGGGGCCGGGAUCGCUAUGCCGGCGUCUAUAUUCCGGUGUAGUGAGGUCGAUGGCGCUGUACGGUGCCCCGAUCUGGGUCGACGCCCUCACCGCUGACAACCGGGCCCUGCUGCGUAAGCCGCAGAGGGUCAUAGCGGUGAGAGGCAUCAGAGGGUACCGUACGGUGUCGUGGGCUGCGGCGACACUUCUCGCGGGCGAUCCGCCCUGGGAGCUCCAGGCGGAGGUGCUCGCGGAAGUGUACCGGUUCCGGGUCGAGGCGAGGAACCGC